UUCUUCUAAGCCCGCCGAUCUUGCCAACAUGGCCGCCCCGUGUCCCUGCGGCCGUAUCUUUCUCGGCCGUUCUGAGAAAGACACGGGCCGAAGAAAGACACGGAUCACGCUCAAGCCUUUUAUUAUAGAGGUUUGCUUUGUCAAUUUUGCAAGCCGCCCCAAGCAGGAUUGUCCUGGAGGGGCGGGUAUAAAAUUCUUAAAUAAAAUAAAGAUAGUCAUGUUUGCUGCUCUAUGUUUCUGUGACAGCCCUAGAGUGAAACCUCUGUUUGCAUAAGACCGGAAGCUAGAGACAGAGAAGGACGUGAGCACUGCUUUCUGGGAGAUCUAACACAGACUCUCUUCUCCAAUCCUGUGCCUAUUGGACUACAAGUCCCAGCAAGCACUGGGGCGCGCGAGAGAGCGCUGUUUCCGGUUAAGGCGGUAUUGCACGCUGAACAGCAAGGGGAAGCAGCAUGGAUGCCGCGUGCCGGUGGCAGAGUUUGCCGGAUGGUCCCAGCCUUAAGCACUUGACGGCGCCGGACUACUGGCUGCCCAGAGAGCAGCAGAGGGCGGCCCUGCAAGAGCUGACACGGGCGCACAUCGAGUCCUUCAACUAUGCCGUGGACGAAGGACUGCACCGGGCCGUGCAGGCCAUUCCACCUUUGGAGUUUCUAUUUAAGAACGACCAAAUCACUUUGGCCAUUGUGGGGGCUGUCAUCAACCCCCCUAUGGUACCGAAGGGGAGCAUAUGUAAAGAGUUGAAAGUCUACCCAGCAGAAUGCAGGGGACGUCGAAGCACCUACCGUGGAAAACUGACUGUUGAUGUCAGCUGGGCAGUGAAUGGAAUCCCUAAAGGGAUUAUUAAACAAUCCCUUGGAAAUGCUCCAAUUAUGGUGAAGUCCAAACUUUGCAAUCUCCAUGGCCUUUCUCCCAAAGAACUUAUAAAACAUCAUGAAGAAGAAGAGGAAAUGGGAGGUUAUUUCAUAAUUAAUGGUAUAGAAAAAAUAAUCAGGAUGGUGAUCAUGCCAAGGCGCAACUUCCCUCUUGCAAUGAUAAAACCAAAGUGGAGAUCCAGAGGCCCUGGGUACACACAAUACGGUGUCUCCAUUCACUGUGUUAAAGAUGAACACACUGCUGUUAACAUGACCCUUCAUUACCUUGAAAGUGGUGCAGUAAUGCUGAACUUCAUUCAUCAGAAAGAGUUGUUCUUUCUCCCACUGGGGUUUGUGCUGAAGGCAUUAGUUAGUUUCUCAGACUUCCAGAUUUUUCAGGAGUUGGUUAAAGGCAAAGAGGAGGAUACAUUCUAUAAGAACUGCGUUUCUCAGAUGCUGAGACUGGUAACUGAGGACGGCUGCUUCACCCAGAAACAGGUCCUCAGAUUCCUGGGGCAGCGCUUCCGCGUGAAACUGAACCUUCCCGAGUGGUAUACUGGAGAACAAGCUGGAGAGUUCCUUUCUGACCAGUGUAUCUGCAUCCACCUGAAAACCAAAGCUGAGAAGUUCUACUUGCUUUGUCUUAUGACCCGAAAACUGUUCACUUUGGCUAAAGAAGGCUGCAUGGAGGACAACCCAGACAGUUUAAUGAAUCAAGAAGUGCUCACCUCAGGACAACUUUACCUCAUGUUUUUAAAGGAGAAGAUGGAAAGUUGGUUACUGUCUGUUAAGAUAGCCUUAGACAAAAAAGCUCAGAAGUCACAUGUAACAAUUAGUUCAGAAAGCAUGAUGAAGAUUGUUGGCAUGGGAACAGAUCUUACAAGGCUGCUGGAGUAUCUCCUUGCCACUGGCAACCUGCGGUCCAAAACAGGACUGGGCAUGCUGCAAAGUUCCGGUCUGUGUGUGAUGGCAGACAAGCUGAACUUCGUGCGCUACCUCUCCCAUUUCCGCUGCGUGCACAGAGGUGCCGACUUCCUCAAGAUGAGAACCACUACCGUGCGCAAGCUGCUGCCAGAAUCCUGGGGCUUUCUUUGUCCUGUGCACACACCGGACGGCGAGCCCUGCGGCUUGAUGAACCACUUGACGGCUGCAUGUGAAAUAGUCACGCAGCCAUCGUACACCAUUUCCCUGCCGCCUUUGCUCUGCUCUUUGGGUGUCACGCCAGUUGAUGGCAUACCAAGCCAGCCCUACGAAGAAUGUUACCCAGUUACUCUAGAUGGCUCUCUGGUGGGCUGGAUAGAGAAGGAUCUAGCUCCUGGUCUUGUGGACACUCUCAGGCAUUUUAAGGCAAUGCAAGAAAAGAAACUUCCAGUUUGGACAGAAGUGGUCCUUAUUCCAGCAACAGGAAAACCUAGCCUGUACCCAGGGCUCUUUGUUUUCACUACCCCUUGUAGGAUGAUGCGUCCUGUACAAAACUUGGCAUUGGGAAAAGAAGAAUUGAUUGGCACUAUGGAGCAGGUCUUCAUGAACAUUGCUGUGUCCGAGGAUGAAAUUGAGCCUGGACUGACGACACAUCAGGAGCUCUUUCCUCAUAGCAUGUUAGGUGUAGUGGCAAGCUUCAUUCCCUUCUCUGAUCAUAACCAGAGUCCCAGAAACAUGUACCAGUGUCAGAUGGGGAAGCAAACGAUGGGUUUUCCACUUCUAACGUUUGAGUACCGGUCAGAUGACAAACUCUACCGGCUUCAGACCCCUCAAACCCCAGUGGUGCGGCCAUCCAUGUAUGAUUAUUAUGGCAUGGACGAUUAUCCGAUUGGUACAAAUGCAAUUGUUGCUGUUAUUUCCUAUAGUGGCUAUGACAUGGAAGAUGCAAUGAUCUUGAGCAAGGCCUCCUGGGAGAGAGGGUUUGGACAUGGAAGCAUCUACAAGACAGAACGUAUCGAUCUUGCGGAAAAAGUCAGGCAAGGAGAUGAUAAUCUGGUAUUUGGACUUGGUCGUGACAACCCAGAUCUGUUGGAGAAUUUGGAUGCUGAUGGCCUGCCUUACAUUGGAGCCAAAUUACAAUACGGGGACCCUUACUACAGCUAUCUGAAUCUCAACACCGGGGAGAGCUUUGUGAUCUACCACAAAAAUAAGGAACUCUGUAUCGUGGAUAACAUCAAAGUAUGCAGUAAUGACACUGGAACAGGGAAAUUCAAGUGUGUUUGCAUCACUCUGAGAGUCCCCCGGAACCCAACCAUUGGAGACAAAUUUGCCAGCCGUCACGGACAGAAAGGCAUCUUGAGCAGGUUGUGGCCAGCCGAGGACAUGCCAUUUACCGAGAGUGGGAUGGUGCCCGACAUCCUUUUCAACCCUCAUGGCUUCCCAUCACGAAUGACGAUUGGGAUGUUGAUUGAGAGCAUGGCGGGAAAGUCUGCUGCGCUGCAUGGCCUCUGUCACGACGCCACCCCUUUCACCUUUUCCGAGGAGCACUCUGCCCUGGAGUACUUUGGUAGGAUGCUACAGGCUGCGGGCUACAAUUACUACGGCACAGAGAGGAUGUACAGCGGGGUGACGGGGGUAGAGCUGGAAGCAGACAUUUUCAUUGGCCUUGUGUACUACCAGCGCCUGAGGCAUAUGGUCUCUGACAAGUUCCAGGUGAGGACUACAGGGGCCAGAGACAAAGUCACCAACCAGCCCAUCGGAGGAAGGAAUGUCCAGGGUGGCAUCCGCUUUGGAGAGAUGGAACGGGAUGCCCUGUUGGCUCAUGGGACAUCCUUCUUGCUGCACGACCGUCUCUUCAACUGCUCUGACCGCUCACUGGCCCACGUGUGUGUCAAGUGUGGCAGUCUGCUUUCUCCUCUGUUGAAGCCUCCGCCCGUGUGGUCUGCCACCCGCAUCAGGCAAUACGUUUGUACCCUUUGCGAUCGGAGCGACACCAUCGAAACCAUUGCUGUACCUUACGUCUUCCGGUGUUUUGUGGCUGAAUUGGCAGCCAUUAACGUAAAAGUGAAACUCAGUGUGAGUUAGUUCUGGCAACGGGAACUGGCGUUGCAUAACCCGGGAAGAAAACAACGCAUAUCCUUUUACUGUGGAGCCUUUAAAAGAGCUGUUGACUUGCUGUGAACUGUGAGAUUAGUCUGGCAUGUAUUUAAAAGCAUGGAGGAACUCUGCUUAGCCAUGAGCAGAAAUGGCUAAGCAGAUCUGCUGAGAAAUUGGACACACAGAACUUGUGGAAUACUUUGUGCUAACUUGUAUAAUGAAUGUAAGCUGUUGAAAGCUGACCCCUUUUCUUUGAAAUGGCAUAAUAACUUUCUAUCUGUUCUGCAAUCCAAUACUUUUUAAUGCCGUGGAUUUUAAACUUUCACUGAUGCUGACAAACAGAUGCACCAAAGAGAUGCUGUGGAGUUAAAGGUGAAGAUCAGAAGAUAAUUGGAAGACUUUGUUAUUAAGAAAGAAACACACUUUUAUACCUGAUACCCUGUUUCCGUAACAAUUGCUUACAUUAUUUUUAAAAAUAAAAUGACUUUGGCCACAAGACCUCAGCAACCUUAAAAUGUGAUGUCAGUGGGAGUACUGUAAAGGCAGCAUUUUCCUUGUGAACCCACAAUCCAGGUUCACAUCCCUUGAAUUGAAGGAACUUUAUCAUAAACACAAGUAGACUUUUGCUGAUGGCUCCCAGUGCUAUUAUGGGGGGGGGGUUAAACAAAAAACUGAGCUGUGUGAUGCGUUCUUCCUGCAAUUCUAAGGGAGGUGCUCACACUAUCUCCCCAACUACUUCUUAGAAUCAUGUUUAUUCUCACUGUUCCAUUCCUGUGGUGCACACUGGUGUGUAGAAGGACAGACCUACACUUUUAGCCAUACCCCAUAUUUUCCUCAAAGGAGGCUCCAGUACAAGGCUACAGGGUGGGAGGGACAGCUGCUGACUCUUUAUCCAGAGUCUUCUCAGACGUUGCUCAGAACAAACCCAUGGACCCUUGCUUGCAUCUUGUUAAUAGUAUUACUUUUCAUUUAAUGAUUUUAUUUUUAUUUUAUUUUUUUGCUUUAAUUGGAUCUGACCAGUAUAUUACUUGCUGGUUGUUAAAACAUUGCUGAAAUGCUGCUAUAUGUAGGCUGUGAUGUCCACAGAAUAACUUUUGUUUGCACUCUAUGGGAAUAAAAAUUAAAUUCUCAACAAAA